AUGGCUUCAUAUAUACUUUCCCAGGAAAUCCUUCCAAGUGAGAUUGGAAAUUUGACAAACCUCGAAAUUCUUGCUCUUAGCUACAACAAUUUGCAAGGUAUUGUCUUUCUAAAGCAUAACAGAGAUGAUGCUAACUAUGCAACCAAUAGGGAUUUAACAAAUUUGGAUGCACCAACUAGGAUAUCUUAUUAUGACCUUCUACAAGGAACAAAUGGAUUUGAUGAGGGUAAUCUUCUUGGCUCUGGGAGUUUUGGAUCAGUAUAUAAAGCAAUUCUUCCAAAUGAAAAGAUAGUUGCUGUCAAAGUAUUUAACAUAGACAUUGAAGAAGCAUUGAGAAGUUUUGAUAUUGAAUGUGCUGCCAUGUGCAAUUUACGACAUCGCAAUCUUAUUAAGAUUAUCAGUAGUUGCUCAAAUGAUGAUUUCAAGUCUCUAGUCAUGGAAUUCAUGUCAAAUGGAAGCCUUGAUAGAUGGUUGUACUCUCAUAACUAUUGUUUAGAUAUCCUGCAAAGGUUGAAUAUAAUGGUUGAUGUGGCAGCUGCAUUAGAGUAUCUUCAUCAUGGUACUUUAACUCGAAUUGUUCAUUGUGACAUAAAACCAAGUAAUGUUUUGUUGGAUGAAAACAUGGUGGCUCAUCUGAGUGAUUUUGGUAUAGCUAAACUAUUAAGUGAAGAACAGUUGGAAACUCAUACAAAAACAUUGGCUACAGUUGGUUAUAUGGCACCAGAGUAUGGAUCAAAAGGAGUGGUUUCUUUCAAAGGAGAUGUGUAUAGCUAUGGUAUUGUUCUAAUGGAGAUGUUUACCAGGAAGAAGCCAACCGAUGAAAUGUUUGUUGAAGGUCUUGGUUUAAAAGAUUGGUUCCCUGCUCACCCCCAAGAACCCACUUUCACUUCUCAUGGAACUGGGUCUCUGACCAUUUUGCCCCAUCCCCAUUCCUCUCUUUGUUCGACACCCACCAUGCCAGCAACCACAACCACCACUAGCAUGAUGGCCGACAGCUCCGACCUCGACGAGCAUGAUGAUGGACAGCGACGACUCCGAUGA